UCCGCCUUCAAUUUCUGCCGUUCGCCCUCUUCGAGUCACAUCCAGUCAGUACCUUCUGUUCCUGGUCUUCAGCUCUACCCUAGGGACUGCCUGUCAAAGAUAACCGCCUUAACCAAGCUUGACACUGGUUCCGGUGAUAAACCACCUAGUCAACUAAGCAGAAAUGGUGGAGAGUGGCCCAGAUGCCGCAUUCGCUUAUCAUGAACCGCCAAUAACAACUAUACUGAGCCAUACUGGAUUCCUCGUCGUUUUGAAUCUCGUGAAUGUCUGCCUUGACAGAAUACUAUACUGCGGGCUCGUCGGACAGCUGUUUAUCGGCAUCCUUUGGGGCACCCCUGGCGCAAAGUGGCUCAAUCGUGAGACAGAGACUGUGAUCCAACAACUAGGGUAUCUAGGACUGAUUAUGUUAGUAUACGAGGGCGGGCUGUCAACAUCUAUCAAGUCCGUGAGGGCAAACCUCCAGGUUUCCGUCUGCGUUGCCAUCACUGGCAUUGGAGCACCAAUGGGUCUGUCGUUUGUUCUGACUGGGCUCGUCAAUGCAACCUCGUUACAAGCAUUCGCCGCAGGUGCAGCCCUCAGCGCGACAAGUCUCGGCACCACCUUUACGAUACUUUCAACGACGAAUCUGAUCUCCACGCGCCUAGGGACAGUCACGACCAGUGCUGCCAUGCUAGAUGACGUCGUCGGGCUCGUCAUGGUUCAAAUCAUCUCGAACCUCGGCGGGAGCGCUUCAUCGUUCAGUUCGCUAACGGUUAUCCGUCCCGUCUUCGUCUCUGUUGGUUUUGCCGUGGGUCUUUUUCUUCUUUGUGCGCUCGUCAUCAAGCCGAUCUUCCAAAAAAUCGUCUCCAUGAAGCCCAGAGUCCCUGAUGCCAUGGCAAGCGUGCAAUUUGCAUUUCUGUAUCAGACGGUUUUCCUCGUGGGACUUGUCGCUGGGGCCGCCUAUGCGGGCACGUCGAGCCUGUUCGCGGCUUACCUUGCGGGCGUUACAGUCACUUGGUUUGACGGUAUGCUUAUAGAGUCAAAGGUGCCACCUAGUGAUACUUCGCCCGGGACAUCCCCAACAGACUCCGUUUCUUCCAACAGCGGGGCCCAAAACAGCAGUGCUCGUCAUCCCAGCAGGCAGUCCCAGACCUCGAAUUCAACUACCGCAAAUGCAGCACGACGCGACGGAACCGCAACAGGCGAGAAGGUCUACGAGAAAUAUUACAAACAGCCAGUGAAACGAAUCCUCACGCCACUCUUCUUCGCAUCCAUCGGUUUCGCAAUCCCCAUCACCGAAAUGUUUCAAGGAAGUGUAGUCUGGCGCGGCAUCAUCUACGCGCUUUUGAUGGCGUUCGGGAAAUCGAUCACUGGUAUCUGGCUUGUUCGGUUCUCUAUCUCACCCCGUCGCCCCCUUUCAAGCCUCGCAAAUGGAUUUGGGUCCGGAUUGAAACGGCCGUUCUCUCGCAUCCGUUUCUUCUGCAUACCCGCCCGAACCGACAAUGAUCACAACAACAAACAGCAUACCCAAGCUGAACCCCCCGUGCAGUCCUCCAGAGAAGGCACCGUCACCGCCUCGAACAAUCAAGCAGACACCCAGAGUAAAGAUCGCGGGUCAUCAGACAUCCCAAAAAGCGCCACCAGUCACCCCGAACAAUCACAACCCCACCCAACCACCACUCACCCACCCCCAACACACCACUUCCCCUUCCCCCCCAAACCAAAGUCCCUAUAUCCCCCCUCAAUCCUCGGUCUGGCGAUGAUCGCACGAGGCGAAGUCGGGUAUCUCAUCGCGUCGCUCGCACAGAGCCAGGGCAUGUUCGGAGUUGGGUCGUCUGGGGGAACGUCCGAGAUCUAUCUGGUUGUCAUCUGGGCGAUCUCUAUCUGUACGCUUGUUGGGCCGAUCUGUGUUGGCUUGCUUGUCAGGCGCGUGAAAAGGUUACAGGAGGUCCGGGGUGCGUCUGGCACAGAUCCGUUGGGGGUGUGGGGCAUUUGACGGAUGGUUCUUUGUUGCCUUACUUCAAACCUGGAUAUAAGAACACUUGAUCACUGUAAGUAACAAGGCAUUACCUACCUACUGCAGUAUCAACUUCGAGUCCGAUAAAGCCAGACUUUGCAGCCCAUAUAUCGCCGAGCGCCG